GUGUAGGUCGAGGUCGCUUCCGCUCCGGGAGGCAUGGUUACCUCCGGGUGUGCCAGGGAGGGGAGACGUGGAGGGUCCCGCGCCCCUUCAGGUGCCGCCGUGUUCCCUGAGUGUCCCGUGGGGACAGAGUCUGUGGACCGGGAGAAGCAGGCAGUGGUGGUGGCUGCGGCGGCGACCGGUUCUCUCUAGCUGGGCUCUUCCUGAGGUGGCGCUGCCAGGGAUUCCUGGACCCAUCUCAGCUGCUCCUGGAGCCCCGGGGAGAGUCUAGCUUCCCAUGGGAGCCUGGUAGAGGAGCUGUGGUGACAGAUGGCCAGUGUCCUAAAGCCUUAAGUGGUACGCAACUCUGGUUUUGAUGUGACUUUUUUUUUUGCAUUUAUUUAUUUGUUUAUUUACUUAAAGAGUGGGGCGUGCCACAGCUUAUAAAAAGUGGGAGUAGAGUCACUCCUCCACCAUGUGGGGUCCAGAGACUCGAAUUCAGCUGACCAGGCUCCACCACAGUACAUGUACUCCUUGAGCCAUAUCGCAGGGGCAAAAACUCCCUUUUAAAGAAAGGGUUCAGGUUUUUGUUGGUCCUUAUUUCAUGCACGCGGGAAUGGAGACUUUUUGGAGGCUUUUUCAGGUGAGCGACCUUCACUAGAAUGUCAACCUUUUAGUGGUAGAGACAGAGGACUGGGAAGGGGGAGGGAUUUCACUCCCGUGUAUAGAAACAAGUAUGUGUAAAAUAGCCAUCAAAUUAACAGGCCCGUCUGAGAGUGACGGUCAGUUUUGACAGCGUUCAUUAGAGAGUUCAGAGCUUAAAGAAUUGCUUUUCUAGAAAACCCAUCACCACAGGCGGCUUUGUGAAGGUAGGAGUACCCAGUAUUCCUGAAGCUUCCAGAAACAGAGAAUGUGGUGAGUCUGGUAACCCGGGAGCUUAGUAGAAAAGCCUGGUCAGCGCGCACAGCCCUUGGGGCUGAUGGAGAAGCUGAGGAAGCCAUGUGGAACAACUGUCCUAGCAGUGUUCUCACGAAGCCCUUCCUCCCCCAGCUUGCUUCCCAGAGCCCUGCCUUGUCUCAAAGAGAAGAGAACAAUGACCAAGUUACAGGAGGCAGUGACCUUCAGGGACGUGGCCGUGGUCUUCAGCGAGGAGGAGCUGGGGCUGCUGGACGCUGCUCAGAGGAAGCUGUACCACGAUGUGAUGCUGGAGAACUUCAGGAACCUCCUGGCAGUGGGAGGCCAAGUUCCAAACAAGAUGGAGAACCUUCAUACAACAGGAGUAAGAUGCCUUUCACUGGGGCAACUUCCAUGUGGGCACAUGGCAAGCCAUGAUGCCAACAAGCUGGCCAGAGCUCCAGAAGGGGUAAUCAACACUCAAGGAAUGGUAUCCUACUUCCCAGAGCAAUGCCAUUUCUCCUGCCACAGGGGACCAGAGGAGCCUCCCUGGGCCUCCAAGGACAAUGGCUGUCUUGAGAUUCUCACAAAUGAUCAUUCUAGCAUUACUGAAAGUCAGAAAUUUCUGUCUGGGAUUGCUCAGUGUUCUUGGAGUAAAAAACAUCUUAGCAAGAGACAGAACUAUCAGAAACACUGUGUGCAGACUCCAGUGAAAACCAAGCCACGACGGCUCUUGGCUCCAGGUAUUGACAGAAUGAGUUGUGUUUCCCAUCAAGAUAACAAUACACUGCAUAAAGGAGACAAAGGCCAGAGCAACAGUGACUUUGAUAAACUUACCUUUCCUGUGUCACCUGUCACCCCGCAUCAUGUUUACACAGAAAGAAAGUCCUACAAAUGCAGCAAGGCCCAAGAGGCCUUCAUUGACAGACCUACUCUAGAACUCCAUCAGCAGGACCUUGUAGGAAAAAAGUCCCCUGUACGUAGUACAUACGAAGUCUCCAGACAUAGCUCCAUUCAAAAGAGUGUUCAUGCAGGAACAAAGCGCUACUGGUGUCACGAGUGUGGCAAGGCCUUCAGUCAGAGCUCAGCACUUCAGACUCACCGGAGAGUGCACACAGGGGAGAAGCCCUACAGGUGCGACAGCUGUGGGAAGGCCUUCACACAGUGGUCAGUCCUCCAUGCCCACCAGAGAAUUCACACAGGAGAGAAGCCAUAUAAGUGUGGAGACUGUGGCAGACGCUUCAGGUUUAGCUCAAACCUGCACAUCCACCAGCGAGUCCACACUGGGGAGAAACCGUACAAAUGCCACGUGUGUGGGAAGUGUUUCAGAUUCAGAUUUUACAGCCAUCAGCGGGUCCACACAGGAGAGAAGCCAUAUAAGUGUGACGAGUGCGGGAAGGGUUUCACUUCAGCCUCAAACGUCAAAGUCCACCAGCGGGUCCACACGGGAGUGAAGCCGUUUUGCUGCAAUGUCUGUGGGAAAUGCUUCAGUCGGAGCUUUCAUCUUCACACUCACCAGAGAGUGCACACGGGGGAGAAGCUCUACAAAUGUGACGCGUGUGGGAAAGCCUUCAGCCAGAGAUCCAGUCUCCAAGUCCAUCGGCUAAUUCACACAGGAGAGAAGCCAUAUAAGUGUGAAGAGUGUGGGAAGGGUUUCACUUCAGCCUCAAGCUUCCAAGGACACCAGCGGGUCCAUACAGGAGAGAAACCAUUUCAUUGCGAUGUGUGUGGGAAAGACUUUAGCCGGAGCUCAUAUCUUCAGAUUCACCAGAGAAUGCACACGGGAGAGAAGCCCUACAAAUGCGACAGCUGUGGGAAAGCCUUCAGCCAGAGGGCCCAUCUCCAAGUCCACCAGAGAACUCACACCGGGGAGAAGCCGUUCAAGUGUGAGGAGUGUGGGAAGGAAUUCAGGCAGCGUUCGGGGCUGAGUUCUCACCAGAUAGUCCACAAGGAAGAGAAACCCUACACGUGUUGGGAGUGUGGGAAGGGUUUCAGUCAGCCCUCACUCUUCGAAAGACACCGGCGGGUCCACACUGGGGAAAGGCCCUACAUCUGCGGCACCUGCUGCAAAGGCUUCAGCCAGAGAUCGCAUCUCGUCAAACACCAGAGGGUCCACAGUGCAGCGAAUCUCUAGGUUUGUUCUGCUGUCGGGUGGGCUCCAUGCUGCUGCUUGUUAAAAGCCUCCCUUAAACCCAGAAGCGUUAGCAGAUUUCACUGGGGAUUAUAUUUUGGUUAUUUUCCCAUGAAGUCUUUAUCUUACUGUACCUCAUUUCAUUAUGCAAAGGGAAGACCGUAUUUUAGAAUGGAUCUUAGAAUACAAAGUAAACAAAUUCAAAACUUAUAUAGAGAAGAUCGGAUUUCUAAUUUUCUAUCUAAUUUAAUAUCUGAAAUAUCUGAAUUAGUUAUAAAAGGAAGAAUUGUCAGGUGUCAGGAGCAGAUCUAGCAGAAAUCGUGCCUCAUACUAACGCUGAAUUUGUAUCAUUAUAGGCAAUCAAGAAUUGGUAAAGAGGUUGCAGUAUCUAUUUGGGAGAAAUUAACAGCAAAUAUCCUAAAAGCAAGUGACUUUAGUUCUCUCCCCCCUCCAUAUAGUAAAAAGAACACCAAUUCCUGAAGCUCUUACAUCUUAUACUAAUGCAAACAAUUUGGAAUUUUUCUGACAUGUGAGAAAAAAUUAAGCCGAAGUCAUUCAAAGCACAAAUAUGAUUCAGCUCAAAAAUCAGAGUUGUAUACCAUCCUCAGGGUAUUGUUAGAUUUUCCUGAAUUUCUUACUAAGAAUUGUUUUGCCUAUAGAAACUGCUGAGCUUACUCAGGAUGAUUCAAAAUUGACCUCACUGUUUACUCAACUACAAUAAUUGAUCAGAAGAGGAAACCAUCCAUUGUAUAUAACACAUCAGAUCCCAUGGAGGCCCAUCAGGCCCUCUAGUACAAGGCAGUGAUGAAAUUGAUUAGCUAUUGAUAGGAAAUAUGCUAGAAGCUUCAGAAUUCCAUAAAAAAUUCCAUGUUCACAACAAAGGUUUAAAAAGAUUUUUCUAUCACUUGGCAACAAGUUAAGGAAAUUAUGAUAAAAUGUCCUUCUUUUUCUUUAUAUAGCCAAACUCCAUUACCUGCAGUGACGAACCCAAAGGUUACCCAAAGAAAUUAAACUUGGCAAAUGGAUGUGGUUCAUUUCACAAAGGUUGGAAAAUUAAAAUAUGUGUGACAUUCCAUAUACACAUUGGAGAUUUCAGUGGGCAAAUGCUUUCUGAUUCAGUGGGCAAGUUCUGAGUCACAUAUUUAUUGGAAGUUAUGAUAAAACUUAUGGCAACCAUGGGAAUACCUGUUUAGAUUAAAACUGACAAUGUAGCCGGACAUGGUGGCACACGCCUUUAAUCCCAGCACUCGGGAGGCAGAGGCAGGCGGAUUUCUGAGUUCAAGGCCAGCCUGGUCUACAAAGUGAGUUCCAAGACAGCCAGGGAUGCACAGAGAAACCCUGUCUCAAUACCCCCCCCCCCAAAAAAAAAAAACCUGACAAUGUUUCCCCAUGUUUCUAGUAAACUGAAGCUUUUUUUGCAUUUUAUAAUAAAAAACAUAUUACAGGUACUACACAAUCCUGUAAGACAAGCAGUUGUAGAGAGAUCUAAUUGUACCUUCAAAGAGAUGCUUAAUAAACAGGGGUAACAAAGACUCCCAGAGGUAGAUUACUUUGGUAGUUUGAAUAUGCUUGGCCCAGGGAGUAGCACUAUUUGAAGAUGUGGCCCUGUUGGAGUAGGUGUGGUCUUGUUGGAGGAAGUGUAUCAUUGUUGGAGUGGGCUUUAGGACUCUCAUCUUAGCUGCCUGGAAGCCAGUAUUCUCCUGUCUGCCUUUGGAUGAAGAUGUAGAACUCUCAGCUCCUCCAACCCCACUCCUGCCUGGAUGCUGCUAUGUUCCCACCUUGAUAAUUGACUGAACCUCUGAACCUGUAAGCCAACCUCAGUUAAAUGCUGUUCUUGACAAGUAUAGGUCAUAGUAUCUGUUCACAGCAGUAAAACCCUAACCAAGACAAUUACAUAAUGCUUUAUUAACUUUAAAAUUUUUAAAUCCUAAUGAGGAAAAAAAUAGCUGCUGAGAGAAAUUAGAUGAUAGAAAAAAACUGCUGAACUAAAUCACCAUAUUUAUGUUAAGGAUGCCCUAACUUCAGAAUGGAAGACAAAAAAUGUGGUAGAGAGGAUGUUUUUUUAUUUGUUUCAAUAGGAGAAAACAAACUGAAGAUUUCACCCAAACUUAUAAAAAUCAGAUUUGAUUAGGGGAGACUCCCUGAUGAUCUUGGCUGCAGAGAGGAACAAAGAAAUUUAGAGGACAAACAAUAGAUAACACAUAUUGCUGAUCCCUCUACAAGGGAAUAGCUCUGAAACAGGCUGAGAAAUGUCAAUGUCUGCAGCCAGAACAUGAGCUCUUCAUUUCUAAUAAAUCUUGUUGUCUAUUAAAUUCUCAGGACUCACCAUGCCAUCAUUUCUUAUGGCAUGAAUGAAAAUUUAUCACAGUUCGGUUAUUGUGAUUUGAAUAGGUUUGCAACCUCAUAGACUCAUGUGUUUGAAUUCUUGGCCCAUGGGGAGUUGCACUAUUAGGAGGACUGGCGUCGUUGGAGUAGGUGUGGCUUUGUUGGAAGAAGUGAAUGGUGGGCUUAGAUUUCCCCUCCUAUGCUUAGGCUCAGCCCAGUGCAAUGCAGAUGACAGUGGCCUCCUGUUGCCUGAAGAUCAAGAUGUAGAACUCUUAGCUUCUUCUCCAAUAGCAUGUCUUCCUGCAGGCUGCCAUGCUUCUUGCUAUGAUAAUAAUGCACUGAACCUCUGAAAUUGUAAGCCAGCCCCAAAUAAAUAUUUUUUUUAUAA